CCGUUUCCAAGCAUGGGAGACAGGCUGCCGGAGCCUCACGCCAGCUCUUCCCCUGCUGUCGCUGCCGGCUCGGAGGCGGAAGAAAUCGAGGUGCUGGACUCCGAGGAUGUCCUACCUAUGGCUGCAGAGGAUCACUGGAAAGCCCUAUUUGAUCAGUUUGAUCCUGACAACACUGGCUACAUCAGCACUGAGAAGUUUCGCUCCCUUCUCCAGAGACACGGCUCGGAGCUGGACCCCCACAAGCUGGAGGUCCUGCUAGCCCUGGCAGACAGCAACUCUGAGGGGAGGAUCUGCUACCAGGACUUCGUCAACCUGAUGAGCAACAAAAGGUCCAACAGUUUCCGCCAAGCCAUCCUGCAGGGGAACAGGAGGCUGUGCAGCAAGGCCCUGCUGGAGGAGACGGGGCUGAGCCUCUCGCAGAGGCUGAUCCGGCACGUGGCCUACGAGACGCUGCCGCGCGAGAUCGACCGCAAGUGGUACUAUGACAGCUACACCUGCUGCCCCCCGCCCUGGUUCAUGAUCACCAUCACUCUUGUAGAGGUUGCCUUUUUUCUUUACAAUGGAGUGGUCUUAGACAGAUUUGUGCUGCAAGUCAGCCACCCCCUGUACCUGAAGAAUGCAUUACUGUACCAUCCCCAGCUUCGGGCCCAGGCUUGGAGGUACCUAACCUACAUAUUCAUGCAUGCAGGGAUAGAACACCUUGGGCUCAAUGUUGUCCUUCAGCUCUUGGUUGGGGUUCCUCUGGAAAUGGUGCACGGAGCUGCGAGGAUCAGUUUUGUGUACGUUGCAGGAGUUGUGGCAGGGUCCCUGGCAGUGUCAGUGGCUGACAUGAGGGCACCGGUGGUGGGCUCCUCUGGAGGUGUGUAUGCUCUUGUCUCUGCUCACCUGGCCAAUAUUGUGAUGAAUUGGUCAGGAAUGAAGUGCCAAUUCAAACUGCUGCGCAUGGCUGUUGCCUUGAUCUGUAUGAGCUUUGAAUUUGGAAGAGCCGUGUGGCUGCGAUUCCACCCCUCCGCUUACCCCCCCUGCCCCCACCCCAGCUUCAUGGCUCACCUGGGAGGGGUGAUGGUUGGAAUCACCCUUGGUGUCAUCAUCCUGAGGAACUAUGAGCAGAGACUCCAAGAUCAGACUUUAUGGUGGAUCUUCCUUUCUAUUUAUGUCAUUUUUGUCUUGUUUGCCAUCUUCUGGAAUAUUUUUGCCUACAGUCUGUUGGAUCUAAAGCUACCUCCCCCUCCUUGAAAACAUGGGACAGAAAACUGGAGAGCAGAAGUCAUCUGUCAGCUGUGUUAAAUGAAUGAAGAUGGAGGAUCUAUUUUUAUAUUUAACUUAGGGGAGGAUGAUUCUUCUGAAUGCACGAGUGUGCUGGAGGAGGUGCUUAAAGGUCUCAUGAAAGAACUGGCUGAUCAGUUUGUUCACAAAUCCAGCAGGUUCUGUAACUCUGGCUGGCUAUGCCCUGCAGUUUUUACCCUUCACCUGGGCACUGACUGCUUGGGUUGUUACCACAUAUCAAUAUUUUCUAUGAGAUAUUUGUAUUUUCCAGGUCAGUGCUGGAAUUAUAGCCAAUUGUUCCAUGAAUUUCCUCAGUGUUGCUGAACACUAAAAGGGAAAAAGAGCAGACAUUUACUAAUUAGAGACUCAGAUGGUACAAGGCAGCUUGAAUCUGGUUUCUUUGGACACAUCUGACUGUUCAGCCAUACCAGUGCCACUGUCUAAUUACUUGAAUGGUUCCUAAGGUAUUUUAGCCUAUGCUGAAACUUGUCUUGCACAACUUUCAAAGGAAUCGGCAGAACUUGAGCACACAAAGUGAUGGAGACUGGUCUUCAACUACAGGUCAAAUGAAAUUGCACUAUAAACAUUGAUAGUCUUAGAGUGUUGUGGACACCCAGCCACAUUUACUGUUCAUGUUUCGCUUGAUUUUAAUUAAUUAUUCCCCCCUCCCCAGCCUGCUGUGGCUAGACGUGUGGCUGGGUUGUUUGGGUUUUUUUGGGUUUUGGGGGCAUUUUUUUGAGGGAUGAAGAAAAGGAGGGCAAAUGUUCAUUUGUGGUUUUAUCAGAUGACAAUCAGGUGCUGUUUUCUUCUCACUUUUUUUUCUGGCCACACUGACCUACCACCUGGCCUCUUCACUCUUCCAGCAGGUUCUUACUAGGAAAGUGGGACCAUGAUCACCUCCAGCAGCCCAGGGUGGGAACUAUCCAGUCUUUACAGCCAUACAGUCCAUUUGGGGCCAAGUCCACUGAAGACAGUGGAAUUAAAUCAGUUUGUAUGUAGCACUGGUUUCCCAAUGAAAUGGUGUUAUUUGCUACAGUGAUCCUUGUAAAAUGGAUAUAACUGGUUUUAAUAUGACUUCUAAAUUUGGAGGAUGCCUCUUCCUGAGGCAAUGGAUGUUCAGGAGCUCCAGACAACACUUAGUUGCAAUGAUGCCUUUUGCUUUAACAUUGGUCAAGCCCAGUUCAGGCAGUCUGUAAGUGAGCUGUGGCACAGUUCAUACAGUUGCCUGCACAGACCUAGGGAACACAUGGGAACAUCUGUAGCACAAGCAGAGCUUGUAGGUAUUCUUCUCUGUAAGGUGCUUAUUUUGCUUGUCACUUUAGAGAGCUGCCAAAUUACAGUCCAGGGAUAUUGGUGCCCUCCUUUUCUCUGCCCUUUACACCUGUUCAGUGAUCUGGACAAAGCAGCCAUAAGAGUCUCUCCAGACAAGCUCCUCUCUUCCUUUUUUCUAUUUCCUGCUGGUGGCCAGGCACAGCCACCAGAGUCUUUCACAGCCCAUCCCAUGGGCACCAUAGCACUUGUGUUUGCUCUGUAGAAAAAUGUCUCUGUGUUGUGGGCUUUAUAAUCUCAGCUGUGCUAUCCAUGCUGCCAGAUGAUACCACAAGCCAGUAGGAGCCUGUCCUUCUAGAGGGGACAUCCACAAGUGCUUAUCAGCUGCCCCCUUCUUUGCCUCUUAUGGAAACAUAACUCUGGGUUGAGGGGUGAAGUUUUCUCCCACCAGAUGGUCUCAUAAAACUUCUGUUGCCUCAGAAGGAGGGGAGAGAAAAUAAGUGUUUCUGCAACCUGGAAUAAGCCUUACCUGCAAAAGGAACAAUUUUUGUAACCUUUGUGCACAGAAAUGGGAUUUCUGAGGGCAAUUGCACUUUUGUUGUUCUGCAUGGCCAGUACAUUGUUCAUGGGCCCUCAACAAGGACCCAGAGGAAGGGAUAAGGGCCAGAGCUCUGAUCAUUUUGGGAAAGGGAUUGGUUCCCUGAGCCAUUUUACCUCUGCAGUUUGGGUCCAGAUCCCAGCAGACAUGAGAGUUCCCACGGAUUGUUGCAGGUGCUGGCCCAGUGUU